UUCAUUACGUGACAUACACUAAAUUUUAGGUCAUCCUUAGAAUCAUUAUGACUUCCUUAUAUAUGUUUGAGUUGCUGACGAAAAAAGUUAUACUAAAUAUUGACCCACCACCUUCAAAAUCCACAUUUAAAGUCCAAUUUGAUAUUGGGAUGUCUACGGUUGUGAUAGACCACAGUGAGUUUGAACAAGAUGACGAUGAUGAUACUCCUUGUGAUGAAUUUGAUUUCCAAACGGGAAAAUCAGUAUUAUUUCCAGCAUUACGUCAAUAUAUGAUUUCCUUAAUGGGAUAUCCUUUACAACUAAAAUUUUACAGCAAUGAUAACUACAUAGGAUAUGCUAAAAUUCAGUGGAACGAUAAUUUCUUGGACUUAAUAGGACUUUCUAUCACCGUGGAUAACGUACAACCCGCCAAAUUGGAAGAUCAGUUCAAAAUAUAUUCUGGAGUGGACAAGAUUAUUGGUACUGUCGAUAUUUUUAUGAGACUUUCUACUUUCGGAGAAAAAAUAGAAACCUUGUAUUACAUGGAGGAUAUAGAAACAUCCAGCAAUUACAUGUUCAUGAAUCCCAACUCGAGUAAAAUUUUUAAGUGCUCCAAAGUCGGCUCGAAGAUUUUACCAGUUGCCCCCAUAUACAAUCCAGUUUCUGAAGCAGUUGCAAAUAAAGAAAUAGACAUGCCAAACUUUUUUGACAUGGAUUUUAAAGGUGCAAGUCGGGACUCCGGGAGUACAGGCUCCAUAGUUAGUAUGGCGACCAUUGUCGAUAGAAGAACUGAAAUGAAAUUUAUAAAUUUACACGAAAUGGUUCACGGAGUUGUCAAAGAGGUCGAUAUAGAUGAAAUUGUGAUAGUCGAAUUAACAGCCGAUAAAAUAAACAGACUUAUAUGUAACAAGAAACACUGCCCAGCUGCAGUCAAAUUUAAGGAAUAUGGCAUUGGACCACUUGCAACAGGUAAAGGGCUUGGAACCCUGUAUGCGUAUGUGGAUCCACCAGUUACCUAUGGAAUCAGUCAAACUUAUGGCACCAUGCGCAAAUAUGGACCUUUCGGGUUACUUCAAGGAGAUGAAACGACUAGAAGUACUUAUAAAGUUAAUGGGCCCGAAAACUCAGUGGAAAAGGAAGUUCCAGAACCUUGUAAAUUUUGUGCUAACAGUGUUUCCUCAUCAUGUACUUCCUUAAAUUCAACGUGUAAGACUUCAAAUGCCAUAAGAUUGAAAGGAGGAAAUACUGGUAAGCCAAUUGAUGAAUUACAAACAUCCCCACUUAGACUAAAGGGUGGUGGCGAUGAAGUGCCUCAAAUAAGUGAGAGUAUCAUGCAAAUGUUGGAACAUGAGAUUGAUAUGUGUUCCAACACAAACCCUUUAAGAUUGUUGGGUGGCUCACCUCCAGGAAACGAAUUGAAAGCAAUUGUAGAAUGUAAUGCUGCUCUGGAACAGUUUGAUAAGAUUGUAGCUGAAUUUAAACACAUCGUCAAUUGUCCUCACCCAACUUGUCCAGAAAAUCCGUUUGUGGCCAAGAGUAUUUGCAAAGAAAUUUGUCCACAAAACGAAGGUCCCCCUAAUCCUGAAACUUUAUCUUGCCUCAAUUUGUCGUGUCCUUUUACAACAAAUAUGUACAGCGAACCGACGAGACCAUCAAGCACUUCCAAAAUUAAACCUGAUAAAAUCAAAUGUUCUGAGGUACAAUGUCCAUUUCAAGAUCCUAUUAGUUUAAGUAUUCAAAAAAAGUUUGAAGAAGAUAAGGUGAAGGUUGCUUGCAUGUCUCCCACAUGUCCUUAUAAACAAUAUAAAUCUGCGUUGCUAGAACCGGAGGCAAUGUUUGAUAAGCAAUUUUUACCAAUUUUAAACAAUGCUACUUGUGGACAUUCAAAAUGUGAAUACCCAGCAGAAAAAGAGUUACCACCAAUUCAUUGGGAUUGUCCUGAUCCUUUGCCAAAAGGUAACUGUAAAAACCCAAAAUGUCCAUAUGGUCCUCCAAAAGUAGAACAGGUUCCUAGAAGUCCCUGUGGUUACACCGAGUGUCCUUAUGCACUACCAGAACCUUGCGAACUUUUAACAUGCCCCUUUAGAGAGAGACCCUGCCCAUAUAAAAAGAAAAGAUGUGUAAAUAAUGACGACGAAUGUGAUGAUCCUGAGUGUGUAUUCAAUCAAAUAUUGCCUUGCUGUCCCAAUACUAGUUUAAUGUCUUUAGGAGAACCACUGUCAAACAUGCCAAGUUGCGGAAACCCUAAUUGUCCGUUAACUAGUCCUGCUGCUGCCAAACGAAAUCCUAAAAUGGACAAGUGCUAUAACCCAAAUUGUCCUUUCUCUAAGGCAACUGCAGAUAAUCCCAAAACAGGUGCAAAUAGUGGAAAUCAGUUCGUCAAUAAUGAAAUUGAUUGUGUAAGUCCGAACCGCGGUGACGUAAUAGGAAAAGAAGAAGGUUGUGAAUGUGAAAAACCACCGAAGACUUCUGCCCCCUUAACAUGCGCCGAUGAUGCCAACCUCUGCACUAAUCCGCUGUGCCCAACGAAGAUUCCGUGUGGCGACAGAAAGCCUGACGACAUUUGCAACAAUCCGGAUUGUCUCUACAACCCCUCGGAUCAAUGCCUUGACUGUGAAAACAUUAAGUGUCCUAAAAAUUUGCAUUUCGUCCAAGACUCCUGUUGGAACGUCGAAUGUCCUUAUAACAUUGAGAAAAAGAGGCGUGAAAAAUUGAUGAAAAAUAUUUGCAGCAAUCCCAAAUGCAAAUACGUUAAGGAAUCGGGUGUGGUCAUGGAGGAACUUUCUGGAGAAGGGGACGACACGUUUAUUUGUAAACCAUUAUGUGGGGAAAUUAAGGAGAAAAAAGUCAUGACUAAGAAGAAAGUUAAAGGAAAAUAUGUGUAUUCCUUGGGUGAUACGUAUCCCGGGAUGCACAUGGGUCACAGGGAAUGCGUGAUGAAAAGAUAUUUGGUGCCACCAAACAUGGGAUGGUUGUGGAACAAGCCAGGUGAUGGAUUUAAGCCUAGGAAAGGAUGGGUUCCUGGUGCCAUAGGAAAAUCAAUAGCGUUAAGAAUCAGGGAACAUAGACAAAAGCAAGGACUGGGUGUCCUCAGAUUGCCAAUGUUUAGCACAGGUGGUGAAAUGGUGACAAGAAAUGAUAUCAAAGUAAUUCCAAGGCCUACCCUCCAAAUAAAGAAAAAGGAAGGGGAUUAUAUUGUGACCUUAAAUCCCUUGAAAGAUCCCAGAACAUUGGUGCCCAAUGAAGAUCCUUAUAUAAACUGCGUUCCAUUAACAUUUAAAAUCAUCAAAAAAGUAGAUAAGGAAGAAUGUAAAUGUUUAAAUGAAGAUGAGUCAUCAAUGGAAAGUGAUUUGGACAUCGAGUUUACCCCUCCUGCUGGUAUAAUUCAUCCAGAGAGAUAUAAAAAGCUAUACAACGUUAUUCAUUGUGAAUCCCAAUUUGAUGAAAAAGAUUUUAUAAAAAGGAAAAAAGGAAAAGGAAAAGACAAAAAAGAUAAAAAAGAUAAAAAAGACAAAGGAAAGGGUAAAAAAGAAGGGAAGAAGAAAGGCAAAAAAGGCAAAUAAUAAUUAUGGUAAAAAACAAUGUAAUAUUCAAAUAAAAUAUAUAAUUCUCUAAAA